AUGAAUCUGUUGAAGCCCCCGUUCAAGGCACGAACCUUCGGGUCAAUAUCCCGCACGUCCCCAGCGUCCUUCAAGGACCUCUGCCGACGAUGGGUCCGUCGUGAUGGACCUGACCUGCAGAUCGAAGGUCGGAGCGACAUGCAGGCAAUUGCGAUGCUUGGAAGACAUGGUAAGGACGUCGAGAAAGACAUGGGAUAG